AUGUCUGACCAUGAGCAGACUGAGGAGGAGUGGGCGGGGGACUUUGACCCUUUUUCUGACCCCGAUGAGCGAAGGGUCCUUUUUGCAGCGCUGGACUCUUUCCGACAAUAUCGACGGACAGCGCACCGCAACACGACGCAUCGGCGCCGUCAGGCCUUCUACGCCUUACCGUCCGAGCAUUGGCAGAUGCUCUCUGAGCCCCCAUUCUCAAUUCUGAACCAUUUCAACGCCGUAGACGACGCGAUCGACGUCAAUGCUGAGAUCGCCGACGCUAUACUGGCCGUCGGCCUGGAAUCCUUUGGUCUCCCCGCCACCCCGGACAAGGACGAUCCCAACCAGAACUGGCACGAUACAGCCACCGCGUCCGAUGUCAACAAGGCGCACUCGACCAUUCGCCAGUUCUACCGCGACUGGAGUGCCGAAGGCCAGGUCGAGCGUGACGUCUGCUACGAGCCCGUUCUGAAGGAUCUCCGCGAGGAAUUCGCUGCCCGCUGCACAGCGGGCGAGGAGAUUCGCGUGCUGGUGCCUGGGGCCGGGCUGGGUCGCUUUGUUUUUGACUUGUGUCUGGCUGGCUUUGCUGCUGAGGGGAAUGAGAUUUCGUAUCAUCAGCUAUUGGCGAGUAGUUGGGUGUUGAAUCAUACGGCGGGCGCGGCCAAGCAUGCAUUGCAUCCGUUUGCGCUGCAUUUUUCCAACUUGAGGUCGCGGCAGCAGCAAUUACGCAGUGUGGCUAUCCCGGAUACGCACCCCGGCACGGCAAUUCAUGAAGCGGCAACGACGGGCCAGCCAAUUGGGUCGAUGUCCAUGUCGGCAGCGGACUUUGUGGUGCUGUAUAAACAGCCCGAGCAAGAGGCCAGCUUUGACGCGGUUGCGACAGUUUUUUUCAUUGACACGGCGCCUAAUUUGAUUCGAUACAUUGAAGCGAUUCGACACUGCUUGAAGCCGAAUGGGUUAUGGGUCAAUGUGGGGCCGUUGUUGUGGCAUUUUGAUGACGGACAUCCAGGCCAAGGUCAGGCACAGGGACAGGGACAGAGCAAAGAGGACACGGACGCAGGCAUUGGAGAACCGGGGAAUGUGGAGUUGACAGAGGAAGAGGUACUGGCGCUGGUGCGGCGCAUGGGGUUCGAGGUUGAGGCGCGGGCAGGCGAUCGAUUCUGUGGGUACAUUCAAGAUGGAGACAGCAUGCUUCAAAACUUGUAUCGACCGGGGCACUGGGUCGCCCGGAAGGUGGAGAUGGUGGGAGAGAGAGCAGCUUAA